CCGGGUUAUUUCCGUAAUCGAAACUGUUAAAGUUGUACUAGAUUUUGUCAAGAAGACAAACUGUGUUGAAGAUCAUAUCGAUCGAAUACAGAUUUGUACAUGAUUAGAGAUGAUUUGAGAGAAUUUAUCUUUAUGAAAAUAAGUUAAACCAUACUGGAUCAAACCCAUUUUAUUACUCCGAGGAAGGGAGAGAGAGAGAGAGAGAGAGUGGCAGAAUGCGGUUGUUGAGCAGAGAAGGAGCUUCUGGAUUUUCAUCACGCUCUUACAUCUGAGGAAGUUACGGAAGGGAUUCAUGGGACUGGACUCACUGCCUUUGUAAACGAGCCGAGCUUUUAACAAAUCGAGUCGGGUAAUUUAGGCUCGGGUAAUUUACUUAACAAGUUUCUUUACUUUACAUGAUCGGACUUGUACAAACGAACUGAGCUUUUGCAAGCCGAGCCAAGUUUUGAACUUUGAGCUUGGCCUGUUUCAACGACCCCAAAAAUCGAGCUCGACUCGAUCGGCUAUUUAAACGAGUCUAAAACUCGAGCUCGCGCUCGACUCGCUUAAUCAAGUCAAGUUCAUCUCUAACGAGCCGAGUCACAAGCUGUUCUGAAGCGGCUCGAUUUGUUUGCAGCAUCUUGGUUUGUCUUUCAUUAACAGAAACUGAUAGCAAAUCGUCCAAACCAGAUUUCAAAUGUGAAUGGCAAGAGGAGUAGUCUCCAUUGGAGAAAUCCUCCGUCUCAGAAAAAACCCUCUUUUUCUCUCUCAUCCCACUCUAGUCCAUUCCAAACCCACUUUGCCCCCUUCAUCUCCAUUCAAUUCUUCAGCUUCCUCGGACUUAAACCCAACAAACCUCUUCAAGACAUGUUACAACAGGAAACAGCUCUUUCAAAUCCAAGCCCAUUUGAUAACUUGCGGUCUGUUUCGAAAACCAUAUUUUCAAGGCAGAGUAUUGAAGUGUGCAGCUGAUUUGGGUGAUCUUAAUUACACAAUCUUGGUUUUUCAGUGCAUUCAAUUUCCAGAUACUUUUUGCAUAAAUAGUGUUAUCAAGGCAUAUGCUUGUAGUAAUGUACCACAAGAAGCUGUGGCUUUCUAUUUUGAUAUGUUGAGAAAUGGGUUUGUUCCAAAUAGCUUUACUUUUGCUCCGCUCAUUAGUUCAUGUGCAAAAGCUGGGUGCUUGGCGUCGGGCCAAAAAUGCCACGGCCAAGCUACUAAGAAUGGUGUUGAUUGUGUUCUGCCUGUAGAGAACUCGCUGAUUCAUUUUUAUGCUUGUUGUGAGCUUAUUAAUCUUGCGAGGAAGAUAUUCGAUGAAAUGCCGGUUAGGGACUUGGUGUCGUGGAACUCGAUCGUAGAUGGGUUUGCCAAGGUUGGCGAAUUGGAUGUUGCGCAUCAGUUGUUUGACAAAAUGCCCCAGAGGAAUGUUAUUUCUUGGAACAUUAUGAUUACAGGGUAUUUGAAUGGUGGGAACCCUGGAUGCUGCUUGAUGUUGUUUAGGAAGAUGAUGUGUCUGGGAUUGAGAGGAAGUGACACGACGGUGAUGAGUGUGUUCACUGCUUGUGGUAGGUCAGCAAGACUGAAGGAAGGAAGAUCAGUUCAUAGUUAUCUCAUCAAGAGAUUCGCACAUUCGAGUUUGAUCAUCGACACAGCUUUGAUAGAUAUGUAUAGUAAAUGCAGGAGGGUGGAUGUUGCCAAACUAGUUUUCGAUAGGAUGUCGGGCAGAAAUUUGGUUUGUUGGAAUGCAAUGAUUUUGGGCCAUUGCAUUCAUGGUAAUCCAGAAGAUGGUCUAACUCUAUACGCCAAAAUGCUAGGUACAACAUGCUCAAGAGACGAAGAAACAGUUUUGGACAACAAUGUUAAACCUGACAAAAUUACCUUUGUAGGUAUCUUAUGUGCUUGUGCUCGUUCGGGGCUGUUGAUAGAGGGCAGAACCUACUUCGCCCAAAUGUUUGACUUGUUUAGCAUAGAGGCCAAUUUUGCACAUUAUUGGUGUAUGGCUAAUCUCUUUGCUGGUGUUGGUCUAGUACAAGAAGCAUUGAAUAUCAUUAGGAGCAUGCCCGUCAAUGAGGACGAAUCAUCUGAAUCCUUGUUAUGGGCUAGAUUGCUUGGUGCAUGCCGUUUUGAGGGAAAUGUGAUUUUGGGAGAACAAAUUGCCAAAGCUGUAAUUGAAUUGGAGCCUGAGAAUUCCUUAUGUUAUGCAUUGUUGUUGAAUGUGUAUGCCGUAGCAGGUCAAUGGGAGGAUGUUGCUAAAAUGAAGCAGAUGAUAAAGGAGCGAGGAAUUAGAAAGAUGGCCGGUUGUAGUCUCUUUGACUUAAAAGAAGUUGUUCACAACUUAAAGUUUGGAGAUAGUUGCCGACAGCAUAUGCAGGAGGUGAACAUCAUGAUGGCUGAACUGGCUCAGCGGCUAAGCUGCUUGUCCAACAAUUCUCAAAAGCUACCUUUGCACAAAACAAAAACCGAAAGCUAAUGUAUGCAUCAACGGGAAAUCAAAACCUUGUUUCUGCUUAUCUCGCUGCCCUUGACAUGGUAACAGUUGGUGAAUUAUGGCCAUCCCUGAAUACUGGACAAGGCUUGGCUCAUUAUUUGUUUUUUUGAUCGGCUUGGCUCAUGAGGAGGAUGUUAAAUGUUGCUGAAUAUAUCAAAUUGUGAUGAAGAUGAGUGCACUUUCUCAACUGCCCAGCAAGACCUCGUACGUUGGAAGUCUCAACUGGCCAGCAAGACCUCGUACGUUGGAAGAAGAACGGGGGAGGGGAGCUGAAACAAGUUAAUGGGUGAAGAAUAACUGGUUCAAACACGAACAUUUAACGACACUGGUGCACAAGAUAGAGACCUGGGCUACACCAUUCUCUUUCUUAUGUGGUCUGGCUCGGCAUCUCUUUCAUGUAAACUGUUGACUGUUCUCAAAAAGAUUCUUUGAUCUACAAACAAUCUUCUCACACAUUGCUUUCACUUUGGGGAAUGGUAGUAUAUUGAUUUUCUUUGGUUGAAGCUCAGACUCAUACUGUAGCAGGCCCAGGCCUGAAAUAUAUGAUAACUUUGUUUUUGUUAACGGAGAUUAACAUGAGAAUUGGACACUCCCUGAUAUGUUGAAUUUACUCAGA